AUGAUCAAUUACCGCGGUUCUGGCACAGAGACCAUUAUUGAGCAGGUCCAGAUCAUUGAUCUUGAAAACACAGCUUAUCUCCCUAAAGAGAGGUGUAUCAAAGGGAUGUUAGCCGGCAAUGAUAGCUGGUGCAGCCCAGAUGAUCACUUUAAGGGCGAACUUAACAAACCAUCUGACAUCUUCUCAUUCACAGCUGUGGCAACGUCAGGUUUCCUUUUUGGGGAUCGAGAAGAAUUGAACGGGCUCAUGACGCACCUUGGUGAUGAGGGAGUCAACUCCCAGGUCCUUGGAUAUCUUUGGGAUGAUCGGGUGGUAGAUUAUCAUCGCUUCAAGUCAUUCUCAGAGUGGCCGAAUGUCAAUGACGACAUGUUCGAGGAUCUCAUCCAUAGGAUGACGAAUUUGGAUCUUCAAAAACGGGAAACAGCGCGCGAAAUGUUGGAGCACCCCUGGUUUACUGAUUGUGAGCUUUGUUAA